AAUAUAUUAUGAUCAACUGACCAUCCGACAUUCCCUCCCCUCUCUGCACCACUUCCUCUUUCUCUCUUGCCUCUCAUUUCUCCUUUUACACCGUCAAUCUCCCAAACCCAUUUCUCUAUUUCAUGCGGCCUUAUAGCAACUCACUUUGCAUUCACUUCCUUUACAAUUUCUUCCAUAUAUUCCUCAUCUCGUUUUCAAAGAAUUGUCAAGUCUCUGUGCUCUAUCACUUUGCUAUCAAAAAGGAUAAUUUGGGUUGUAGUGCACCUGAUAUUGAGAAUUCGGAUGAUUGGUGUCGAGCUAGAAGAGGAAUAAGGUUCUUGAAUAAUUUUUGGUACAAUUUAUGAAGGAAUACCAGCUUCUGCAAGCAGAAAUCGCUUGUUCUUCAACAGCUUCUUUCAGGGUGCUUUUUUCCCAAGUUCUUUUCUAGAAAUGAUUCGGGGAAUUCUAGUUGUCUCUUUGAUCGGAUUUCUGGCAUGGGCAUAUCACACAACCGUUCCUCCACCUCCGAAAAUCUGUGGCUCUCCUGGUGGCCCUCCCAUUACAGGACCUAGAAUAAAGCUGAGAGAUGGAAGGCAUUUGGCUUACGUGGAGCAUGGCUUACCAAAACAUCUGGCCAAGCAUAAGAUUGUCUUUUUCCAUGGUUUUGGCUCUUGCAGACAUGAUGUAGUCAUUGCAGAGAACCUCUCUCAAGAAACUGUUGAGGAACUUGGGAUAUACAUUGUGUCAUUUGACAGAGCAGGGUAUGGUGAGAGUGAUCCGAAUCCGAAGCGAACCAUUAAGAGUUUGGCGAUGGAUACAGAAGAGCUUGCUGAUCAGUUGGGACUUGGAUCCAAGUUUUAUGUGGUUGGGUAUUCUAUGGGAGGUCAUACAGUUUGGAGCUGCCUCAGAUACAUCCCCCACAGGCUAGCUGGAGCAACACUAAUUGCUCCAGUUAUCAACUACUGGUGGCCUGGAUUUCCCAGAAACUUAUCAACAAAAGCUUACAACCUACAGCUACCACAGGAUCAAUGGGCUCUUCGUGUCGCCCACUACACUCCAUGGCUGACCUACUGGUGGAACACCCAAAAAUUAUUUCCUGCAUCUGCUGUUGCAGCAGGUCAUCCUCAGAUUUUCUCCACUCAAGAUAUACAACUUAUCUCUAAGGUUGCAGGGAGACAAGCACAGAAGUCACAAGUACUUCAGCAAGGAGAAUUCGAGUCCAACCAUCGUGACAUGAUGAUUGGAUUUGGGAGCUGGGAAUUUGAUCCAAUGGAUCUCCGGAACCCUUUUCCUGAUGGUGAAGGCACUGUUCACAUAUGGCAGGGUGAUGAAGAUAGGCUAGUGCCAGUAAUUCUGCAACGCUACAUAGCCAAUAAACUGCCAUGGAUUCAGUACCAUGAAUUACCGGGUAGUGGACACUUCUUUCCAGUACUAGAUGGGAUGAGUGAAUCUAUCUUAAAGGCUCUUUUACUUCGUAAUGUAGAAACCUCAAUUUGAUUUAAGUAGCAAGGAAACUUUGUUCAUUAAUGAUAUUUACUUAUGAAACUAUUCAGGACUUACCUACUCUAGUCUGCAGCAAUUAAGCACUCAGGAUUAUUGCACAAAGCAAUGAAUUGAUGUUUUUGGGGCAA